UAGAACCAGAGAAGAAUCAAAACACCGCGUUAAAAUAAAACUGGAUUAGAUUUAUUUAUGAAGCGGGUCGUUAGAUAUUAUUCAGGGAUUGUGUAAUGACGCCUUUCGCUGUUUCUUUCCUCUCCAGCCUCCCCAUGGUGCAUUAGCGCUCCAUAAUGGAUAAGAUUCUGGAAGGUCUGGUGAGCUCGUCUCACCCGAUCCCCGUAAAGCGGGCCAUAGUGAAGAUGGUGGUGGAGGCGGCUGAGAAAGAGGUGACGCAGGAGCAGUGUCAGGCCCUGUAUCAGCUCACUGCACGCCUCAUUCUGCUCGGUGAGGACGCCUUCCAGCGGCAGGUGGGCCUCCAGGUGCAGGAGGCGUACGCACGCUACCACCGUGAUGAGUUCGCCCGCUUCCUGAGUAAGGACUACGUCGUGGAACUGCUGCAUCACGGCUACGGCCCUCUAGACCGCCGCGAUCCGGCCAUACUGGACUUCCUGCAUGGUUGCCUGCGGCUUCUCAUCAGCUGCCCGGCCGUGCUCGAGCUGGCGCCGACGUUACAGACCGAGGUCCUACGCAUGGUGUGUGAGCGACCCGACGCCGCGUUCUGCAGCAAGCUCGCCACACUGCUCAGCGACUUCCCCCAGUGUGUGUCACGCAACAAAGCCGCUGUGCCGCUCUGCCAGCAGCUGGUGCGCACGUUUGCGCAUUUCCAGUGUCCGGCGGCCGAGGAGGCGGAGCUGAGGCGCUACGUAGGGCAGGUGGGCUGCGUGGCUGCGUUGCUGCAGGGCAUCUGGAAGGCGGAGCCGGCCACGCUUCUGCCCUCACUGCAGGAAGUGUUCGCUAUUAUCUCCUCAACAGAUUCAUCUUGUGAGCCGUCCAUCGCUCUGGCCAGUCUGGUGCAGCACAUCCCUCUGCAGAUGAUCACAGUCCUCAUCAAGAGCCUCACCACUGACCAAAACGUCAAAGACGCCAGCAUGACCCAGGCGCUCAGCAGGAUGAUCGAUUGGCUCUCAUGGCCGCUGGCCAAUCACGUAGACACUUGGGUUAUUGCUCUUUUGAAGGGACUGGCUGCUGUGCAGAAGUUCACCAUCCUCAUCGAUGUCACCGUGCUUAAAAUCGAACUGGUCUUUAAUCGUCUGUGGUACCCUAUAGUGAGACAGGGAGCGUUAGCGGUCCUCUCUCACAUGCUGCUGAGCUUCCAGCACUCACCAGAAGCCUUCCACUUGGUGGUCCCCCACAUGGUACCCCUGGUGCAGUCUUUGCAGAGCGAUGGCCUCCCUACCAGCAAAGCCUUCCUGCUGCAGUUCAGUGAGCUCAUCCACUGCAUGAUGUACCAGUACUCUGGUUUCCCCGACCUCUACGACAACAUCCUCGAAGUCAUUAAGGAACUCCCUAAACCCAGUGAAGAGAAGAUCAAGUAUGUGCUGAACCAAAGUGCCUGGACCUCGCAGUCAAACUCUUUCGUCUCUGGUCUGCUGAGGCUUACGGGCAAAUCGGAGACCGGGAAGACGGGACUCGUGAACUUGGGCAACACCUGUUACCUGAACAGUAUAAUUCAGAUGCUGUUCAUGGCUACAGAUUUCAGACGGAACGUAUUAUCCCUGAACCUGAACGGCUCUAAUACGCUGAUGAAGAAACUACAGCUUCUCUUUGCUUUCUUGGCGCAUACUCAGCGAGCGGCGUACGCACCGAGGAGCUUUCUCGAAGCGUCUCGGCCGCCCUGGUUCACGGUGGGCUCCCAGCAGGACUGUAGUGAAUACCUCCGCUUUCUUUUAGACAGGCUACACGAGGAGGAAAAGACUCUCCGAGCUCUCCAGACUGCCAAACCUAAGACCGUGUCCUCUGAUGUUGAGGGUACUGAUGAUGCGAAAGCUCAGAAUGUGACCAGCACCCCGUCUCAUUCUCAGACUACACCGGUGGACACUGAUGGUGAUGGACAGACUCUGGUGGAGCGGAUGUUCGGCGGGCGGCUCUCCACGGGCAUCCGUUGCUUGCAGUGCCAUAGUCUUUCUGAGAAAGAGGAACCGUUUACUGAUCUUUCUCUGGCUUUUUGCCCGUCCGGCAUUAUGGGCUCCUCGACCGCGCAGUCCCACCAGGGGGCAGUAAACGGCGGCAGUGAGAUCUCUGAAGGCACUGUAAAGGAUGAGCGGAGCGAGGAGAGACCCAAGACGGAGGCAGUGCUGUCCCUGUCAGAUCUGCUCGAGUAUUUCCUGGCCCCGGAGAUCCUGGAGGAGGAGAAUUGUUACUUUUGUGAACGCUGCGGCUCGCUGCAGCGGGCGGAAAGGGCCAUACACGUGGUGACUGCCCCCGAGUACCUCAUCCUCACUCUUUUACGCUUCUCAUAUGAUGCGACAUGCCACGUGCGGCGCAAAAUUCUGGACAACGUAGGCAUCCCGCUGCACGUGCACCUGCCCGUCCACCAGCACAGCACUUCCUCAUCAUCAUCAUCAUCAUCAUCACCAUCAUCAUUGUCGCCAUCGGUGCAAAUGGACUCCCCAGAGAAUGGCGAGAACUUAGCCAAGAAGCUAAAACCUUCUCAUAAAGAGAAAGAGGAGGAAGACGAAGACUUAACGGACAGCGGGAGAAGGGACUGGGGGUCAGGGGUGCGGUGUGUACCUUACGUCCUGUGUUCGGUUGUGAUGCAUUCUGGGAUGUCCUCAGAGAGCGGCCACUACUACUCGUACGGCAGGAACGUGAGCGUUGCGUCAGCCAGUCCCUCUUUUAAGAGUCCGGAAUCAGAUUCUGGGGUCGGCCUUUCAGAGGGCUCGACAGCUUCGCAGGAAGUUCUGGAGUGUGCAGGGCAAGACUCCAGGGACUGGUUCCUGUUCAACGACAGCCGAGUGACCUUUACUAACUUCCAGUCCGUGCAGAACAUAACGAGCCGCUUCCCCAAGGACACGGCCUACGUGCUGAUUUACAGGAAACAGGAAGAAGUUGGAGGACAGGCUGGGGGUUCAAGAGCUACCGUUAAUGGCUCGAGGUUCAGUGGGGAGCCACCUCUUCAAAAAGAUCUAAUGGAUGCCAUCACCAAAGACAACAAACUCUUCUUACAGGAGCAGGAGCUUAACGCCAGGGCCCGGGCUCUCCAGGCCGCCUCGGCCUCCUGCUCGUUUCGACCCAACGGCUCGGAUGACAACGAGCCCCCGGGAAGCUGUGGGCCCUCGGGAGGAGGAGGAGGUGGAGGAGGAGGUGGCUUCAGCACUGUCAGCAGACUGGUCUUCUGAGAGUGGUACACUUUCCGACUCGAACAGAACACUGGACUCAAACACUCAACACUGGACCUCCUUCUGUCUGAAUCCAACAUGCAGAAAUUCUCAAUAACUCGAAACCACCUCACAAGCUUUCCUUCGCGUACAGAUCACUGUUUUUUUGUUGUUUUUUUUUAAGCCGUCUCACAAAGUGUUCACGAAAGCACUUUCUGGUAACACUUUAUUAUAUCACGUAAAGCGCCUUCGUAACACGUCGCAUAAAUCCUUUUCUAGAGUAAACGCCGGAGGAUUUAUGAAGCGCUUACGUCUUAGAGAUUUUUAUCUUGUUUUGGGUACUUGUGUAUUUACAUGAAAGAGAGAAGGGAGAACAACCUGUAAUUAUCCCUGCGGAUUGACGUUUGAAAUAUUAUUUUUAAAACUCAUAAUUAAUCAGAUGGUUUUUAAUAACUGCACAUUCAUAACACGGUGAAAUCCCUCGAAGGUGUGCAUUAGGGCUUCAUAAGUGUUAUAAAUGCGAAUUUGAUUAGUUUGAGUGCAUUGAAAUAAUACAUUCAGCUGUCACAUUUGGGUUUAAAAAAAAAUCGUAUUGAAAUGGUGCUUCAUAAUGCUUUAAAAUGCAAAUGGAGCCCCGUCGCUUAAGCGCCAAUGCUCCGGUAAUAAGUAGAUGCAGUAACGACACACUUUUCAAUACGAAAGAUGAAAAAACAUUAUCUAAGCCCUCUUGAGCUAUAAUGAUAAUUGAGUGCUCUUCUGUCUUCUUUCUUUUAUGUGGAAACGUUUGUUUGUAAAGUCACAGGGUUUUUUGCGUUACAUUACAUUACAUAAAUCCUCAGCUGUUCCUUUAUUAAAUAUUUGCGCAUUGUUUAUGAAUGUGCCACGAAGGUCCCUUUUUUAUUUUUUUUUAACGGGUUGAGACCGAUCCAUUCAUGGUCCUGUAAUCGUCAGAUGUACCAUUUGCCGUCUUAUGCAAUCCAAACUGAUUCUGAUUGCAUUAACCUCUAUAAAGAACUCAGAUUUGAGCUAUAUAUAUAUAUAUAUAUAUUUUUUUUGUUUCCAACAUGUAAGCAGUCACGCUCCACUCAGACUUCGGAGCGUCAUACUUGAACGAGUGUUUGUCUACCUGUCCGUCGGGUUUGUGCCCAUAAACAGAUCACCUGACGUGUUGCAAUACAUUUACACAGAAGGGUGCAAUACUGAUUUUGAUUCCAUUGUGGAAUCGAAGCUAUACUUUUAAAAUAGCAGGAAAAAAAAAAUCACUGAAUUAUACUGGGAUAACGUUAAUAAUUAAAAAAACAAACAAACAAACAAAAAAAAAACACCUGUGUGCGUGUGUGUGUGUGUGUGUGUGUGUGAAGAGAUUGUCUUGCAUGCCGAAUUUGUUUUGGGGUCAGUUUUCACAAUAUUCCUGUUUAUAUUGUUGGGUUUUUUUGGCUUUCAGGGAGAUUUUUUUUUUUCUCUCUCUCGUCGAUUUUAAACUGAUUUUAUAUGCCUUUGAUACACAUUUUAAGAUUUUACCUGAUUACAAAACAAGCCUUGUGUAGCUAUGUAGUAUUAAUAGUUGAUGUUUUUUUUUUCUCCUCUAACAGUAAAGGUUCAUUGAUGAGCAACGGCUGCUGUAUUUAAUGUACACAUUUAAAAUGUAUAUAAUGUUUAUAGCGCUACUUUUAAAAUCCGUAUCGGUCGUUUAUUAAUGAGAUAAUGGCUGAUAUUUUCUAACUUAUAUGGUGUUUUAUGUGAUCCUUUGUGUUAAAGGAACAGGUUUUUAUUUUUCACAGCCAUGCAAACUGUCUGAAAGGAAGAAAUGACCUGGGUCUACUACUGCAUGGCAAUAAUGGACAUCACAGUUGUGUGAUUAUUAUAGUUGACAAAAUUACAAACUGCACCUAGACUGAGUUUUGUCUUAUGGAAAGCAGGAUGUACUUAUUCUUAAAAAAAAAAAAAGUGCUUGGGGCCAGUCUAGUCUAGACUUUAUUACCUGUAUAGUUACACAUAAACUAAACAUGCAAUUAUAACGUCACUACAGAGAAUGUUUACACUGAUUUACAAAUGCAUCACAGCAGGACAUCUUGCGUAAAUACAGAGAUUAUUAACUUUUGGCUGGUCAUUUUGACAGUAUGAACUCCUGAUUUUAAAGUAAGGUGCACACUAACUACACAGGAAGUGUGGGCGCAUUUGAACGAUGGCCCUAGUAGUUGCUUGCAUAAGUAUUCACCCGUCUUGAACUUUUCCACAUUUUGUCGCAUUAGAACCUGGAACUUAAAUGGAUUUGAUUGUUACUUCUUUGACUGUUCCUCUCUGAAUUUUGGUGGACCGCCUCAAGCACGAGUCAUGGUCGUGUCAUCAUCGUACUAUUUUUUUUUAAAACAAUGGAUUUAGUGGUGCUUGACAGGAUGUUCGGAAAGGUUUGGGAUAUUUCUCUCUUUUUUUUUUUUUUUUUUAAUGAAUAAAAAUGCCAAACCCUGAUUGAUACUUUUCUAAAACUUUCUUCUAGACUUGUUUUGAUCGCACCUUGGUCUUCAUGGUGCUGUUUGUUUAGGCUUGUUCUCGAACACCUCUGGAAGGAACGAGUGUAUUUAUAUUGAGAUCACGUGACACUUUAGUUGCACACAGGUGAACUCCAACGUGUGACUUCCGAUGCCACCAGAACUAAUUUAGGCAUUUCACAGCAAAGGGGGUGAAUACUUAUGCAAUCCCAACUUGUAAAUUUUUUUUUAUUUGUAAAUAAUUUCGCAAACUAUCCUAAUAAUCAAUAUAUCUUUAUUGCAUUUUUGGUAUUUUGGCUAUUAUUCAUGAUAUGUAAUCCCAGUUCAAUCCAUUCUAGCACCGAGUCGUAACACUACAUGACGUGGGAAAAGUUCAAGGGGGUUGAAUACUUAUGCAUUGCACUGCAAGUGUGCAUUGAGAGAGCAUGUCACGACUCAAAUCUUAUACAGGAUUUAUUUAAAAGCUAGCCUUUCGAAGGUGAAGAUACGCUUACACAAGUCAAAACUGAAGCUGAGACGUGGGUAUUUACAGAAGACGACAUCCACUGUAGUUACAUUAGAAUUGUUUAUCUAGUUAAUGUGUAACUACACCGUAAUCAGAGAAACAAUAUGAAGUGGGAACGAGCGUUUUUACUGUGAGCCGCUUGAGAAAUCAAGCUAAUCUGCCCGACUAAUCAUGUGGAGCAUCUGACUGAGACCAGGAUUCAUUCCAGAUCAUCUACACCUUUGUUUAUGACUAAUGAUAUAUUUUUAAAGCUCCUGCUAAAUCCUUUUGAUUCUUUUCGGCUCACUGAGAUUUAAAUUUGGAAGGACGUGCGGAUUUAAAAGGGGUUUGACAAUGCUGAGAUGGAAUGCUCCCAUAAUGCUUUUUUUUUUUUUUUGUAAUUCCCUGGAGGAAAUCUAUACAGUUUUCAUAUCAAUACUAUGGAAUUGCAGCAUUUUCAGAUCACUCGGUACUGUAACACGUAUGCAAGAUAUCCAAUUGCAAUAAGAGUGGUUCUUACAGUUACAGAAUAAAAGCUAAUAAAUGGAAAUGCGAAAAAAAUAAAUAAAUACACCCCCACCCCCCUGUUCAUUUUGCUGAUCCUUUUGCCAGGCCCACUUUGAAGAUGUUUAACAAUUGUCCUUUUUGGCAAAUGGCUGCUAUUAGAGACCAGAGACAGCUCAUUAAUGCAUUAGAGAGCAUUAGACACGGCGCAAAACAGAUUAUCAGAGACAAAUGUUAUCGGGGUUAUCCCGGCUUUUACCGCUGAAUUAGGAGCCCUUUCACAGUCACCGCGAGACCGACAAUCCAUCAAGCUCUGGCAGAGCACUGAUUGAGUCGUUGAGCUCUGUGUCCUGAAAUGAACUCGACACCCCACAUCUCUGUCUGUCUCUGCUCUCUCUCAUACGGAUCAUAAAGCUGUGCAAGUUUAAAGCCACUCGUUUAAAGCUUUACCCGCAAAUCUCCUCCUCCUCUCUAAAUAGAAGCCGAGUGGUGUGUUUUUGGUUGGAGAUGCUCCUGUGUAUAAUGCACCAAAAUCAGCCUUGUGGUUUUUAAAGAGAGAAGAAGGGUGCGUUUAAGCUCUUAAACCUC